UUCGUCUGCUUCACAGUGAUCCGAGGUGUUGAACAGUCUUGUUGCUACUCUAAUCGUCGAACACACACACAAUUAAGCUGCAUACAUAGUUUCAUCAAUAUUCAUGAAAUCCUAUACUGUGAUUGUGAUCAACGUACAGUAAACAACACAUGACGGAGGGGGAUGUCAGAACAGUUCAUCCCAACACCGAAAAGUCAAUUAAAUCAUCCCAGGCUCUAAAGAGGAAUCGACCAACGAUGAUCAAGUAGCUACAACAUCAAAUAUUACCAAAUGAGCCAUACGUUGUCUGAACAAUACAGAUACGCUAGCUCCAUAAGCUGCCUAUGGAAAUAUACAUAGCGGGGCGAAAUGAUCGGUGACGUCAUCAAGCAGACGACAACGAAGUGCAGUUGAAUAAAUCUGCAUGAGUGAGCAGCAUCAAUGGAUAUUUUCGUACAUUUGAACUUUGAGAACAGUUGUAUCGCAUGCAGCAGUGAUCUGCAAAUCUAUAAGAGCAUAAGAAGCAAAGUACCAGUUGAGCGAUGGAUGUUAAUGAGAGUAUGAAGCUAUGGUAGCUUCUACUUCCAAACCAACAGAAGAACAGAUUUCUUCUGAGAAAAUGUCUACUGACAGCCGAAACGCCAAAUCAGAUUUCAGAACAAAGCUGAAGUCUUCUGUAUACAGGAGAAAAUGUCUGAAAACUCUGUGGCUUGGAUUCAGUUUCUGUGCACUGGGUUUUUCAGUUAGCCAGAGGGGUCCUGCUUUCCUGGACAUUCAGAUAAUCACACAAACAGAUGUGGAAUCUGCUUCCUUUUUCUUUACUGCUGCUUCUGUUGGCUAUCUGAUUGGAUCCUUGACUGCUGGAGUGGUGUAUGACAAGCUUGACAAGUCAAUGUUGUUAAUCAUGUCACUGCUGGGAUUGUCUUUCACUACUAUAGCACUACCCUGGUGCUCACCCUAUGCUCUCAUGAUCGCAAUCCACUUUAUUUGUUCCUUGUUUGGUGGAUCAGUCGAUACAGUUGGGAAUGCAGAGUUGGUGAGAAUCUGGGGAAAAGAAGGGGAAAUGGCGAUGCAGUUUCUCCAUUUUACUUUUGCCUUUGGAGGUGUGAUUUCUCCGUUAAUAACUAUGCCCUUCCUGACAGAAGAAGACAGUCAAAGUAUAGAGACAAACGCAUCAAUAUCAACCACUUCAAAUGGAACUAGCAACAGCACUGGUCCUGCACUACCACUGACUACUAAGGUGCACUACGCCUUCCUCAUAUCUGGCAGCCUGAUGUUUUUAGCAUGUGUUCCUCUUAUUGUGCAGUGGUUUACAGAUAGCCUCAGAAGAGAGAAGACAAAGUAGAGAAGAUGAGAAGGAAGUGAAAAGACCAUUACCUUCUGCUUUAUUUAUUUUUGUUUUGCUGACACUUUGUUUCAUGUAUUUUGUGUACACUUCCAUAGAGGACACUUUCGCAUCUUUCUUGUCCACCUUUGUAGUAAAGCAUU